ACAUCAAUACAAAUUUUAGUAAAUACAAUCAUUUAUAAUUAUUACAUGUCCUUUUUCUAUUGUCAUAUUUUCCAUUGAUUACAAAGAAAAUGAUCACGCUACUCCUAUCUAAAAAACAAUAUUAACUGGAUGUACAUUACAAUUCAUGGAACAUUAUCAUGCAAAGUGUUGAACAAUUAUAUUGAUUUAUGUUAAAGUAUUUUUUUCAAUUUAAUUUUAUUUGGUCUUUGUACCGGCGAGAUGUUUGCACGUAUAUUGAUACACAAUAUACACAUUGUUUUAAUAAAGACAUAUUAGGAGAAUAGAUGGCCUGUAGGUGCGUGACACAGUUCUUGAUACUUUUAAAAUUCAAUUUUAAUUAAUAAGUUGGCAUGUAUAAAAGUUUUCGUUUUUGUUUGGUACAAUCAACAUUGGAAAUGACAUAUACUUUUGUGUAACAUUGUAUGUUCCAUAAUAAAAGGCAUACUAAAAAAAAAGUCAUGGAAUUAUAUCGACUUGAAAUCAUUUAAAAGGGAACUGAAAGUUCAACAUUUGAAGAUUGGAUAAUAAAACGUUAUAAGAAAGUUAAGAUACUAUAUUAAGGCAAUAUUAAAUGUCUGUAUUAGCUAAAAUAAAGUACUAAAGUUCCAGUGAUUUUUUAAAUGUAUCUUCAGAAUGUCGUCGUACAGCUCUAGACUAGAUAGUUUGAUUGAAGAUCUUGGUGGAUGCGGUACCCUACAGAAACUUUUGUGUAUUUUAAUACACAUAACGGUCAUAUUAGCAGCUUGGAGUUUGCUUGGUAUGGCUUUUAUUGGCUAUGAUCCAGGAUUCACUUGCCGAAAACUCGAUGUCAAUGCAAAUAAACUGUCUUCCAUAAACAUGAGCGAAAUUUCUACAAACCGUCUUUGCUCGUUUGGGAACUAUUCCACAUGCAGUUCGUACUUGUUUCCUACAGGGAUAAAAACUGUCAUUUCAGAAUGGAACCUAGUAUGUGACAGAAGAUGGAUUGUAGCAUUUAUAACAUCAUUCCAGAUGGUAGGAGUACUUGUCGGAAACAUCAUAUCAGGUCCAUUGGCAGACUCUAUCGGACGCAAGUCAUCAUUUAUUUUAAGUGUUUUAAUACUGGCUAUUUUUAAUUUUGGUGGAUAUUUCUCUCAGUCAUGGAAGUCGUAUUCUGUUAUUCGUUUUUUCAUUGGUAUAGGAGCUGGUAUUUACUUCAAUGUAGAUCUGCCAAUACUUGCUGAAUUUGUACCGUCAAAACUGCGGACGAUAGCAUUAGCUUUUCCAUCGGAGCCUUUAUCUGCAAUGCUAUUUGCGUUUAUAACCUAUUGGUUACAUGAUUGGAGGAGUGUUCAUCUGCUUAAGACAAUUAUAGGCAUUCCCCUUUUGAUGAAUUUGUGGUAAUAUAUUUCCAUUUUCCAAACAUUAUUCA